GCACAACUUGUUCUUAAUGAGGCGAGUUAUUAAUCACUUUAAACUGGUUUCUUUAAUAAUCGCUGUUUCUUGUAAACUAGAACAAUAUGAGAAUCCUUGCCGUAGUACUUUUAAUUUAUGUCUUUACAUCAGAUAUUCCCAUCGCAAUACUGGGAGCAAAUGCACAACAGGUGAUCAAUCCGUUUGGAUGGGACGACACUUUCUUUUAUUCCUGGUUUAAAAACUCAUCUUGGCCCUAUGGAGUGAUAUUUUACGACCUAGACCCUCAUCUUACUCCACACAUGUUACAUGCGAUCAACCAUGUGAUCAAAUAUCUCAACAGCCUGGACACGUGUGUACAGUGGCUACAACGCAAUCCGUACAGCUUUGACGACAACGUACAGUCUUGGAUCUCCUUCGUUCACUACAAGGAUUCACCCAAUGCAACCGUUUGUUCUUCGUUAUUGAACCGAAUCAACGGCCAACAGUUCAUCAAGAUAGGGACCUACUGCGCGGCCGAACGGCUACCGGCGCCCCUCGACCUGGAGAACACACUCCUGCACGAGAUGGGACACGCCAUGGGCCUUCUUCACGAACAUCAAAGGCCUGACAGAGAUUGUUACGUCUAUAUAUCACCAUUCCUAUUGAAUGCCAAAAGGAAAAACUUCAGAAGAAUACCCGGAAAAAGAUUUCCCUCUGGUUUCCCUUACGAUGUGGAUAGCAUAAUGCACUACGUUCCAGCAAACCUCAGAUUAUUCCAUUACCACGCAGAUUCUAUACGGAAACUUGGUCGAGUUGACGCCACGCUCUCGGUGCUAGAUAUACAUAAGCUGAAUCAUCUGUACUGUGGACGGAGAAGCUAUUGCGAAGAACACAAUUCUUGUAAUGGAUUCUACAACUUCGCCGUACAACAACCGCUAUGUUUUCGUCAAGGUCCGACGUACACCAAGCGACCCGAGGGACCAGUCCCAGUCUUCACUGAAGACGUGAGUUUAUACGAAGAAAUGUAAACUUCUCCUGCAACUUGCGAAAUAAACGUGGAACCGUUCUUCUCCCGUGAA